GAUUUUGUCAAACUCAAAUACUGGUGAAAGUUUAUUCGCAAAUAUGGUAUUGUUUUCAGUAUGACUACUGCAUUUUUACUUUGAUGAUUUCACAGUUUACAUAGAUUUUUCUUACAUAUUUUGGGAAAGGACGAGUCAAAUCAUGCAGUAGUUAACUCGUACCCAGACGUUCGUACCAAAAUUAACUCGCACAGAUGCCGACAGAUGUGUUGCUGAUUUGAUCAAUAGAAAAGAUGAGACAGCACUGACAUAGAGCGGCUAUUUUUCAGUCUGACAAUCAUAUAAAUUUGAAGCCAGAGACAGAAUAGACCUCAAACAUGCAUCCAGCAAUACCAAUUUCGUUGGUGUUUAUAGGCUGUUGCUCUAAUGUUGUCUUCCUAGAGCUUAUAGUCAAGGAGCACCAUGGAGCUGGAAACCUCAUUACAUUCAUGCAGUUUUUAUUUGUUGCUGCAGAAGGAUUCAUCUUUACAGUGAAUUUUGGUACCAAAAAGAGUGUUAUACCUUUAAAAGUGUAUGGAUUUAUGGUAUCAUUCUUCUUUGUGGUUCAAGUCAUCAAUAAUUAUGCCUUCAAUUUCAAGAUACCCAUGACACUUCAUAUAAUUUUUAGAGCAGGAUCUCUUAUUGCAAGUCUUGUACUUGGUGUUCUUAUCUUGAAAAGGAAAUAUCCAAUAAGCAAGCAUCUAUCAGUGAUAAUGAUCACAAUAGGCAUCUGUGCAUGUACAUGGGCAUCUGCUGACAGUCAUGAAGCAGAUGAAGGGGAGAGUGUAGAGCAUUUUGUAUUUAAUUAUGUAAUGGGUGUUGGGACCCUAGUUCUGUCUCUAUUUCUUACUGCCAGGAUGGGAAUAUACCAGGAGACCAUUUAUAAAGAGUAUGGAAAACAUCCUAAGGAAUCGCUUUUCUUCAAUCAUGCCCUACCUUUACCUGGGUUCCUGAUGGUAGCACCAGAUAUAUACAAGCAUGUACUGCUGUUUAAUCAAUCAGAUCCAGUAGGAUUUACCUCCCUUGGAUUGACUAUACCAAAGAUGUGGCUCUUCCUAGCAGGAAAUGUCAUAACACAAUAUAUAUGUAUACGUUCAGUUUUUAUACUGACGACAGAGUGCAGCGCCCUGACCGUCACCCUUGUAGUCACACUGAGAAAAUUUGCUAGUCUAAUUCUCUCUAUAGUUUACUUUAAAAAUCCAUUUACCCUGUUACACUGGUUAGGGGCAAGCUUGGUCUUCAUUGGAACAUUUAUAUUUACAGAAGUAUUACCACUUAAGAAGAAGGAAGUUGAAAAGAAAAGACAAUAGAGAAAUCCAUUUAUAUAAAAAAUAUAGUCUCUUAUAGUAAAGUUUUCUAUCAUUUGUAAGCACUGACAUGAUAGCAGGACAGGUUUUGUGCUUUUAAAUUUUGUCUCAGAUCUAGAUAGGUUUUUUAAAUUUCUCUCAAAUGUAGCUAGCCUCUUUUUUAAUUUGGCAUAUGAAUGUCUUUUGUAAAAUAGUUGUAGUGAGUUUUUACAGUCUCUUGUUGUAAGAAUGAAGUGGAGAAAUGAACAUUGUUAUUUAUUUUAAGGAUUUUCUGUCCUUUAGAUAGAUAAAGAAAUAAAGGACAGGCUAAUGUUUUAUUUUUUUUAAAAAUGUAAUAAAGGAAAACUUUACAAUUUACCAUUCACAAAUGUAACAGCCAUAUUUCUCCGCUGAAGUAAAUUCUGUCUAUUUUUGUUACUGCUUAUGUCGUCUUUUACUAAUGAAGUCAAAUUCUGGAAAUUUCAGUAGCUGAUAGUUAAAUAGUAAUUGAUGUAGUUUAUCUCAAUAUCUUUUGAAUUGUCUGUUAGAUUUUAUAAAGCCUGUUGAUACAUAAAUAUAUUUUCAAUAUAAUACAUUUAUUAUAUACAUUACUAUAAAUAAUGACAAAUUUACCUUAGAAUUACACAUAAUUAUAUCAGUUUAUUUGCUGAAGUGAUAUUUGCACAGUGUGCCAACAUUUUAUUUGCUUACUUUGAGUCCACUGUAGUAAUGUAUAUAGUAAAAAGGUCAUUCUAACACAGUGAUUGAUUUCCCUAUUAAACAAAGAAGACUAAAAACUGUAUGUUAUUAUGCAAUAUACACACUUCUUGUAUGUCACAAUUAUUAUUAUAGUGGUGCACGUUGGAAAAGAAAGCUACACGAAACAGGCAAAUAUUUGGUGAAUGUUGGUGAAAAUCCUUGAUAGCGUCUUGGAAUCGAAAAAAUAUAUCUCAAACAGCAAUUAGCUCUUGAAUAAAGUCAUUAUUUGUUGUUCCGAUGCGUAUUAUUAUAUCACUCAGGUUGUGCCCUCGUGAUAUAAUUCCUUACCAUCUUAACUCGAAACAUGAUUUUAUUCAGUGACAAAUCACUAAACAAGUUACAUUAUUUCUUAAAUAAAUGCCUGGGAUGUGCCUUCUGGUCAUAAUGACACGCAAAGCUCAAUAAUAGUGCUUGGACUAAAGCUGGUGUGCCAAUAUCACUCUAGAUGAGCCAUUAUGGCCAGAAGGCACACCACAGCAGUAUAAUUUCCUCUUUGGUAGAAACAUAACUUGUUUCAUUUGCCUCUUCUUGGAAGUUAAUAAGUAAGACCUGAGGUUGUAAAAAUCUCAUCCAAAUGAAGCACAAGGAAUAGUUGUUGUCUCUUCGUCUUCCAGAAGAGGAAAAAAAAUCCUGAAUGAAGCUCAUGCUUAUUUGCCAUUCUAUUCAGUGCACUCUUUCAAAGACACUGAUUAGCAUGGCAUAACAUUGAAAAUAUUUCUUUAAAGGGCAGUAACUCUGAAAGUUACAGUAAAAAAUUAAAAGGGUCAUUUUAAGGUCUGAUAUUGUUUGACUCAUCAGUGCAGCACUGUUUCCACAGUGGUUUCAUUCAGAUUGCUGUACUCGUCUGAUUUUCCUCUUCUAUUGUAAAACAGUAAUUUGAGUAAAAGCUGUUUAGAAAGGUCUUACAAACACUGAAGCUCUUCCGAGGUAGCAGCUGAAACAAGUUAACACUUUAGUUCUCUAGUUAGCAAAGAUGAGAUGGCCAACGCACUUGUGAUAUAUCUGAUUUAUUAAAGGGAGAUACUGGGUAUUUUAUUUUUCUGAAACAUUAUCUUGAUAAUGUGUGUUAUUCAACUCAUUUAGUUAAGGGUAACAAGAAGAAACAAUAUUAUCUAACAAACUAAAUGUUGCUAUGAUGUACAUUACCGGUAUGUGAUAGUACAGUCAAACCUGUCCUAAGCGACCGCACAGGGGAAGUUGAGAUUGUGAUCUCUUAAGACAGGUGGUCUCUUAACUCAGGAUAUACUGCUGAGCUUGUAUUCCGGUAAAGAGGUACUGUAGAUACUAGUGUAUAAUGAACAGUUUUUUAUACGCCUGAAGGGACGUAUUAUGUUAUGACGCUGGUGUCCGUCUGUCUGUCCGUCUGUCCGUUAGCAAUUUCGUGUCCGCUCUGUAACUCUUGAACUCCUUGAAGGAUUUCAAGGAAACUUUACACAAAUGUUCACCACACCGAGACGAUGUGCAGAGCGCAUGUUUUGGAUGUCUUGCUUCAAGGUCAAGGUCACACUUAGGAGUCAAAGGUCAUAUCAGUUUGUUUCGUGUCCGCUCUGUAACUCUUGAACCCCUUGAAGGAUUUCAAAGAAACUUGACACAAAUGUUCCUCACACAAAGACGACGUGCAGAGCGCAUGUUCCGGAUGACUUGCUGCAAGGUCAAGGUCACACUUAGGGGUCAAAAGUCAUAUCAGUUUGUUUCGUGUCCGCUCUGUAACUCUUGAACUGCUGGAAGGAUUUCAAAGAAACUUGGCAAAAAUGUUCACUACAUUGUAACGAUGUGCAGAGCGCAUGUUCCGGAUGACUCGCUUCAAGGUCAAGGUCACACUUAAGGGUCAAAGGUCAUAUAUGACUUUGCUUUGUGUAUAUUGCUCUUGUUUUUUAUUUAGCAGAUCUCUUUUUUUGUACAUACAAUAAUUUUUUUUUGAAUUACUUCCCUUUUAUGUAAGUAUAAAUAGCUUAUUUUGAAACUUUUUUAUUAUUGGCUGUAGGGAAAAACCGAGACCACUUUUCUGUGGUACAACAUAGAUGGUACCUCCAAUUUUAAGGUGUAUUUUUACAUACCUGUACCUGAUAAGGAUUUUUUUGUAGACUUUGAAUUUUUUUUUUGUGGACUUAGAUCUGUUUUUUGAAGUUUUCCUUUUGUUGUUCCAGUCCUUUGGGCUACAACAGUCAAGUUCUUAAAAUUUUGCUCCCAUCCUAUGAUGUAAGCCUUCGGGCGUAUAUUGCCCCGCUUGGCGGCGCUCUUGUUUUAAACACGGGACCACCCCCGAAUCGUGGGUGUGUAUCAUACACAGGUAUAGACGAUUAUCCAGCUUCAACACAAAUUUGUUUACAAUUUUUGCCAUUCUGGUAAAGAGAAACUACUCUCUGUGCUAAUUGUCUAGGCUAAAAAGUAAGAUUGCCGUUACGUUCGUAUGAUCUGUAUACGACGCAGGACCACAAAUAGGUAAUAGUAGUUUAUUUUUCCUUAAACAAAAUUAAUUUUAUAUAAAGUUAUGUAUUUUGAAGAAAGAAAUAUCAAAAAUUGUAAAUAAUAUAAUACUAAUAAAAGAUCGACUAUAAUUAUCUUUAACCAAUAUCAAAUUGUAAACAACAAAACUGGCACGAGGUGUCACGCUAACUGCCAAUAAUUACUGGCCAUUUGAUCUAUAUAAAAUAACAGAUCAUAACAAAGGAUGAUAACACCUUUUGUUAUCGGUUUGAAUUGAGAAGUUGAUGUCAUUUUUUUGUCUAUUUCAUUUUCAAGUUGGUCACUUGAUAACGGGUAAAUGUAAUGAAUGGGAAGUAAAAUAAAUGGUCGCUGGUCACGUUUUUCGGGAGGUCUCUCGGGUACAUUUUUGUUGAAAUCGCAAGGGAGGAAUUUAGGUGGUCGCUUAGGUCAGGAUGUUGCUUAACUCAGGUGGUCGCAAGGGCAGGUCCGACUGUAUAUGAAACCGCAGAAAUCUGUGCAUUGUAGUCCCAACAAAACUCUGAUCACCAGAAUCUAUUUAGUACACGGUAAAAAUAAUGGAAAUUCACAAAAGUGGUUUAUUUUUAUAUCAAAGUCCUUGAAAUAUUCUUACCUAGCUUCCAUUGGUCAAGUUAUCACAAUUGUUAAUAUUACAUACAUGUAUGCCUGUCAGUAACAGGGAAAUAAUUAUGUCUCCCACCACACAGUGGUGUGGGAGACAUAUUGAUUUACUCCUGUCUGUGUGUAUGUCUGUCACAAAUCUUGUCCGUACUCUAAGUCGAACAUUUCUCAUCCGAUCUUCACCAAACUGGAACAAAAUGUGUUUGACCAUAAGUCUUCGGCCAUUUUUUGAUAACUAGCCAAAUCGGCCCAGGCACUUUGGAAUUAUGGCCCUUGAAAUACCGAAAAUCAGCCUUUUUACAUUUGUCCGCGCUCUAAGUCGAACAUUUCUCAUCCAGUCUUCACUAAACUUGAACAAAAUGUGUUUGACCAUAAGUCCUCGGCCAAGUUUAAUAACUAGCCAAAUUGGCACAGGGUCUUCGGAAUUAUGGCCCUUGAAUUACCGAAAAUUGGCCUUUUUGCUCUUCAAAGGUAUAUUUGUAGUGAAUAAAUAGUAUACAAAGACUGACUUACUAUUUAGAUGAUUAGGCAGUUGUGGGAGACAUACACUUUUCUCAAAAGCAGCUCUAGUUGUAAGGAUUUUAAUUCUGUGAGCUAUUUGACUUGUAUCUCCCUUUAAUGAAUGCAAAUCAAGGUAGUACUUGCACUGUACUUAAGUUUUUUGUCCUUAAAUCUACAUGUCCUAGCUGUAACUUUUAAAUAACUGAAGGAAUUGCAAUGAAACUUCACACAAAUUUAAAGCAUAACAAGAAGGUAUGUUUUGAACAAGACUUAGGUCUGUACCUCUAAGAUGAAGGGCACAAUCCACUUUGGGGCAGUAAAGGGUGAGGGACAUCCAUCACUUUCUACUGAUGUCUCUUGUUAUACUUAAAAGCUACCUGUUAAACAGUUUGGUUGAAAUGCAAAGGAUUUUGUCAUUUACAAAAAGUUCUGAUAGAAAAUUUAUAUCUGAUAUAUUUAAAUAAUAACACAAGGCCUUUUAUGUAAUGAUAAGUCUCCAUACAUAUUCUAUAUUUAACCCUUACCCUGCUAAUAUCUAAAAUGGACCAGUCCAUCAUUCAAUUUGGGCCAUACCACUUAUUAUUCAGAGGGGUGUUCACUGAAAAAUUACUGACUGAAUAGCGAACAGUGCAGACCAUGAUCAGACUGCACGGAUGUGCAGGCUGAUCUUGGUCUGCACUGGUCGCAAAGGCAGAAUCACUUGCCACCAGCAGGCUAAGGGUUAAGUGACACAGUCUUGUGAAUGGUCGGCAAAUGUGUAAUUAUGAUGCACUGGUCAUAUUAUAACAAAAGGUACAGUUAAAAUUUUACUUUUUCUAGCUUAAGAGUACUGGUGGAGAUGAAGCUGAUUUCCAUAGAUUGUUGAUAAUCAUUUUAUAAUUCAGGUUAAAGUUUGUUUUUUCUCGUUCACAUCAUUUUAUAAUUCAGGUUUAAGUUCAUUUUUUCUCGUUCACAUUGUUAUAAGCACCCUUAUUGAUCAUAUUUAUUCAAGGUUUGGUACUUCAGGUAUGCCUUGCUAGUUACAUACACUGAGCUUUUCAUUUUUGCUUGUUUGAAUGUAUGCUGAACUUAUGGAUAACAGCGAGUCAAAUUGCAUAUAUAAACUCUACAGUAUUAUGUCAUAUAUUAAGAUAUGAUUGAAGUAGACUAAAUCACUUAGCCUUUGUUAGCUUUUUUGUAAACUUUCUUGUAUUUUCAUGUAAGUCAUAACAUAUUUUAACAAGUAUCAUAUAAACAAACUUAGCUUGAAAAGAUGAUCAUUUUCAUGCAGUUUAAAUACAAGUGUAAACAAUAUUUCUAAUUUUCAAAUGAAUGUUAGCUAUAUUCUUAUAAAUUAAAACAUAAGUGUGUGUAAUGAGUAUGUACUGCUUGUCAAAUGUGAAUGUUUACAGUAAUUGUUGUUGUUGUUGUUUUUAUGGGAUUUAUCGCCUUCCUUCAACAGUAUCUCAGUUUCAGAACAGUGGUCAGUAAACUAUCCCGGUGUACAUGAUUUAUUUCCAGUUCUAGUUUGUUCUUUGUAAGUAACUGACAACUUCCCCACAGCACACAGAGGUGGAGAAUGAAUGACUGUAUUAUAUCCACUUGCCAAGGAGAGCAUAUUCCACAACUUUGGAUCAAACUUGUGUGUUUCAUCUGCUGAGCUAAAUUGGUGUACUGUGUUUACAGUUGUAUCAUACUUGAAAUUGGUUAGACAAUACAUAAAGAACCUAAAUAUAGAAUAAGAAAAAAUAGACCUGUUUCAGGGUUGUUUUCUGAAAUAAAUGAUACAAAUUGAAUUGCACACAAAAAUGUAUUAUAAAUCUUUACACAAUCUUGAUUUGCCUGUGCUGAUUGAAUAUUAUUUGUAAUAGAAAAGUUCUCUUAUCCCUCAGGACAAUAAAUCUAUACAAGUUUGCCUGUUGGCAGAUAUUUCACUUGUGGGGAAGGUAUCUUUGUAACCCUGACAUUUAUGAACCAGAUAUAUAUGUGAGAAAGCUAUCCAUCUUCGUUAUGGAAGGUCAGUGGUUCUACCCAUGCUGUGAUAAUGUCUGUGGGGGUGGGAUGUGACUGGAAGGUCAGUGGCUCUACCAAGGCUACAAUGAUGUCUGUGGGGGUGGGAUGUGACUGGAAGGUCAGUGGCUCUACCAAGGCUACAAUAAUGUCUGUGGGGGUGGGAUGUGACUGGAAGGUAGGUGGCUCUACCCAGGCUGCGAUAAUGUCUGUGGGGGUGGGAUGUGACUGGAAGGUCAGUGGCUCUACCCAGGCUGCAAUAAUGUCUGUGGGGGUGGGAUGUGACUGGAAGGUCAAUGGCUCUACCAAGGCUACAAUAAUGUCUGUGGGGGUGGAAUGUGACUGGAAGGUCAGUGGCUCUACCCAGGCUGCAAUAAUGUCUGUGGGGGUGGGAUGUGACUGGAAGGUCAGUGGCUCUACCCAGGCUGCGAUAAUGUCUGUGGGGGUGGGAUGUGACUGGAAGGUCAAUGGCUCUACCAAGGCUGCAAUAAUGUCUGUGGGGGUGGGAUGUGACUGGAAGGUCAGUGGCUCUACCCAGGCUGCAAUAAUGUCUGUGGGGGUGGGGUGUGACUGGAAGGUCAGCGGUUCUACCCAGGCUGCGAUAAUGUCUGUGGGGGUGGGAUGUGACUGGAAGGUCAGUGGUUCUACCCAGGCUACAAUAAUGUCUGUUGGGGUGGGGUGUGACUGGAAGGUCAGCGGUUCUACCCAGGCUGCGAUAAUGUCUGUGGGUGUGGGGUGUGACUGCCCCUUACCUCUAACAGGAAAAUCACCAUAAGACCUUAGUUGAGUCAGUAUAUCUUAAAACCAAAGAUAACUUUAUAUCAUUAUAUGUUAUGCAUUUAAUAAAACGUAUACUCUGUUAUUAUCCUGUGUAAAUGUUACCUACAUUGUUGGCUUUAUGUUCUUGUUUACAGUUUGAAAAAAUCAAUUUUGUAUAUGUUACCUGUUUGUAAUGUUUUCUCAAUUUUAAUUCAAUAAGCAUAGUAUUGUCACAUUGACAUCUCUGUAUAAGAGUCAUUAGUAAAUAAAAUAAGAUAGAAAUAAUUCAAUGUUCACAUUGUUAUAGCUUCUAGAAUUAGACCUUUUGGUAGCUGAUUUAACCUUUACCCUGCUAAAUUUCUAAAAUGGAUUCGUCCAUCAUUCAAUUUGGGCAGUACAACUUAUUAUUCAAAGGGGUGUUCACUGAAAAUUUAUUGACUGAAUAGGGAACAGUGCAGACCAUGAUCAGCUUGCACUGGUUGCAAAGACAAAAUCACUUGCUGCCAGCAGGCUAAAGGUUAAGCUGAAGGAAGGUAGGGGUACUAGACACAUGCACAGAAAAGCUUUUUAACUUGGCUUACUGGGUCAUCAUUAUUUGAUUUGUAAACUUGAUCAUCAUUAUUUUAUAAGUACAUCUGCUAAGAGUCAUAAAUCAUUUGGACUUUGCUUGUUACACCUGGCAAAAAAAAGGUUCAUCUGUUUGUCUACCUUGCCUUUAAAUACUUGAUUUUUUAAAUGUUUUACAUCAGUGCACUUCCUGAUUAAAUUUAUACCCACUUCUUUAAAAGAAGUAGGAAAUACAUUAUUUACAGGUUACACAGUGUGGAAAAAAGCAUUUUGCCCUGUGUAACUUACAUCAGUUGAUCAUGUUCUGUUUGGUAGAGAAUAUCAAACUUCUUCAUUAUGUCACCUUUAUUUAUUACAUCGUGAGCCUAACAUGUUUGUCAAGGUUUUCAAGAUGUUAUAGAAGCAGUGCCCUAACUACACUACGUCAUACCAAGGUACAUACCUUUAAUCUUUAGUUGCUGAGUUGUUGUCUAAAAUCGUAACAAAUGCGCUAAUUUGUCAUGUAGCAUAUCAAAAUUUCUUUGAGUAAGUGAGUGCAUUUCAACCUGACUUGCUUAGAUGUUUUGUCUGAAAUUGCUUUAAAGUGCAGUAUUUUUGUGGGGACCAAGAAAUCCAUCCCACAAUUCUCCAUAAAUCUAUAUUUUGGUCUAGAGACAUACUCCAGAUAACUGUUCAUAUACAAGUGUUCAAAAUGUUUAAAAAUAAUGUUAAGUUUGUAAACCUCUCUUCACCCCUCCCCACACCUCUCCCUCCUACCCACAAAGAUCCUGCAUCGAUGUGUUUUUAGUCUAGUUGCGGCACUGCUCGAACAUAUAGUUAGAAUAUUUAAAAAGCAGUUUUAACUGUCAUAAUAAAAAAAUGCCAUGUAGCAUACCAAACUGUU